AUGAUAUUGGGGCACCUGGAUCACAAAGAAGGCCCAAGGCAUGCUGGAAAAAUGAAGAAUUCGGGGGCAAAGGAUAUCCUGCUGUCUCAAAUACUCGUCAUCAUAGCGACAAUCCUCGUCAUCGCCCGUCUCAACCUCCGUCUCCGAAUCCAAAAGCGAAAGUUACUCCUCAGCGACAUCUUCAUGAUAGCAGCCUGGGUCUCUGGCGCCAUUACAGCUGCAUUCAGUCCCGUGUUCGCCCUGCUUGAUGCAUUUAACCCGAAUGUCCAUACCACCUUGAAGGGAUACAACGGAGGGUCUGCGAAUCUGGUCUUGAUACUAAAGGUGAGGUUUCCUGAGUUUAUGGUCAAGAGAAGAAGGUUUCUCUGGGUGACGAUUUGGUUUGUCGGGAUAAGCUAUGUUAUCACUAUCGUGAUACUGUUUUGUAUUUGUUUGCCCAUCGACAGAAGCUGGGAUCUUAGACCUUCCAGGACCUGUCCAAUGUGGACUUAUGCUGUCACGUUCCAAGUCGGCUGGGGCCUAUCCUUUCUAGGAGACAUUUUGGUCUUCAUUCUGCCGUGGUUGAUCGUUCCGGCGCUACACGUGAGAAGGACACUGAGAGUAGGCAUAUACUUCACCUUUCUUCUCGGCACCGUCAACAUGGCAGUUAGCCUUGUCCGCUUCGUAAUGAUCUGGAAGGCUGGCGCCGAUUCCAGCAUCUCUCUGAGCACAAUUGUGCUUUGGAGUGCUCUAGACGUCAACAUGGGUCUGGUUAUCGCUUGUCUCCCUUCACUCCGCCCAUAUUUCGGAUCACGGACCAAGUCCGAAGAACCAAGUCGAGAUAACAACAGCUGGCAGUCUGCAGGCAAUCACUCUGGCUUUGGGAAUAGAACUAUAUGCUUCCAUUCCAAACAGCGUGAUGAGGCAGAUUGGCCAUCAUCAUCUAAUGGCCAUGCAAGGUACUCGUCGGUGGAUCAAACAGUGGUUGGAUCCUGGGAUGAGGCGGAGAGGUUCAAGGACGCAAGUGAUGUUGAGUUGACAGCUCUUCCGGGAGCGAGAACAAGAGACGUUAAACAUGGCAGAUAGAGGCAGGAAUAAUAGUUGGGUAAUAUUACUGAUUCCACUGAGACAGGCAGGUAUUUCACGAUAUGUAAUAUUGAUCAGAUCAAAGUUAUGUACUAGAGAAUGACAAGUCAUGUCUCCACGUAUGGAGAAAUGCCUCGUGCUGAAAAGUAUAUCCCCCAUGAAUUGACACCAAGUCGAAGACAUCCUGAUAAUUUUCACAUCCACCAUUCUUAAGCUGAUGUCUUCAAUACCCUUGAAAGACUUUUGCCCCAGAGCUUCCAAGCCAACAACCUCUCACGGGCAGUACGGCGAAAG